GACAUCGCCUCGAAACCCAUCCUCUUGUCCUUUUCACCCUCCUCUCAAGCCCAGAUAUGGCACAGACAACGGCAACGGCAGGCCCCAUCGGGCUGGACAACUCGCUGCAGGUCGGCUCUGCCAAGGGAAACACGUCAUUUGUCCUCGAGGCCAUCGACAAGACGUCGUUCCAGGAGAGGCCCGUCGUGCUGCCCGGACCAGGCAUGGUGCAGAUCAAUGUCCGACAGACGGGCAUCUGCGGCUCCGACGUCCACUAUUGGAAGCAUGGACGGAUCGGCGACUUUGUCCUGACGAAGCCAAUGGUGCUUGGACACGAGUCGGCAGGCAUCGUCACGGCUGUGGGCGAGGGUGUGACAACGCACAAGAUCGGUGACAGGGUGGCCAUGGAGCCGGGCGAGCCGUGCUUCAGCUGCUCUAUGUGCAAGGGCGGGCAGUACAACCACUGCAGCAAGCUCAUCUUUGCCGCCACGCCGCCGUACGACGGCACGCUCUGCACCUACUACAAUCUUCACGCCUCGUUUGCCCACAAGGUGCCCGACAACAUGUCGCUCGAAGAGGCCAGCCUGAUGGAGCCCCUCGGCGUGGCCGUGCAGAGUGCCGUGCGCCAGGGCAAGGUGCAGCCCAUGUCCAACGUCGUCGUCUUUGGUGCCGGGCCCGUCGGUCUCUUGACGGCCGCCGUCUGCAAGGCCUAUGGCGCAAAGCGCGUCGUCGUCGUCGAUAUCAUCCCGUCCAAGCUCGAAUUCGCCAAGCAGUUCUGCGCCACGCAGACGUUCCUCCCCAGCCCCGCUGAGGCCGGCGAGGACAAGAUGGCGGCCUCGGAGCGCAACGCCAACCAGCUCCUUGCUGAGAUGGGCGACGAGGUGCAGGCAAAGGGCGGCGUCGACCUCGUCCUCGAGUGCACGGGUGCGCCGCCGUGCAUCCAGAUGGGUCUCUUUGCUACGCGCAUCCGCGGCCGCUUUGUCCAGGUCGGCAUGGGUGCCUCGGAUGUGACGAUUCCCAUCCACCGCAUCAACAUCCGCGAAAUCGAAAUGACGGGCUCGUUCCGGUAUGGCGCAGACGUCUACAGCCUCGCCAUCGAGCUCGUCGCCUCGCGACGCAUCGACGUGACGCGCAUCGUCACGCACCGCUACUCCUUCGAGGAUGCUCUCAAGGCCUUUGCGGCCACGGCAAAGGGCAAAGGCGACGACGACAUGGCGACGAUCAAGGUGCAGAUCUCCCAGGGCGCAGCGCCUGGCCACUAGCAGCGUGUGUCUUAUUACACUGGCUGAGCCCAUUGACUGUACUAAAAGCUAUCGCUACCCACACACUCUCUCGAAGCGCUCAGACACCCACGCUGUAGACGGACGCAUAAUCGUCAAAGAAUAGAUUGGCUUUCUUGGCUGAGGUUUCAUCGUCUUGUUAAGGGAAAAAAAGGUAAUUCGAC